AUGCUAUCACACGACACGAUCCCUGGAAGUUUCGAUGCUCCGGAAAUAUUAACAAUCCUUGAACCAACUCCGAUCUUGUUUCCCACGUACUUACCAGCUCCUAGCAAUGAAGACUGGAAGACUAUCAAUGAUGGCUUCAUGACAUCCUGGCUGUUUCCCAACUGCCUAGGGGCCAUCGAUGGUAGACAUAUGAGGGUUCAAGCACCUCGGAAUUUGGGUUCCAUAAGUGAAGGCGGGGUAUGGGCUAACACUGAAUUAGCAAAAGACUUGUUAUUGGGAAAUGUGGCCUUGCCUGAUCCUAGCCCACUUCCAGGAGAAGAGAUACCCUUCCCCUAUGUGUUUGUGGAAGAUGAAGCUUUCCCACUCACAAAUUAUAUGAUGCGACCGUACCCAAGAAAAACUCUGACAGAUGAAAAUAGAAUUUUCAAUUAUCGUUUGUCGCGAGCACGGCGGGUAAUUGAGAACACUUUUGGAAUUUUGACUGCACGAUGGAAGAUUUUACAGAAACCACUCUGCAUGUCACCUGCUAAUUGUGAAAAUAUCUUUGAAGCCCUUUGCUGCCUUCAUAAUUUCAUAAUGAUGGGUGAUGAAGAUAAAAAUUGGAAUUACCGAAUGUACUGCCCCAGAAACAUUAUUGAUACGGAAACACAGAAUGGAACCAUCACAGACGGGGAAUGGAAUAGUUACUACUCUGCACAUUUCGCCAAGCUUGGUCGAGUCGGGGCUAAUCGUGCUGGAGAUACUGCUAAUGGGAUGAGAAAUUAG